AUGUGGGUGAACUGCAUUUUGAGGUCUGGGUUGUUGCUUGUCAUCCUGUCUGUUGCCAUUGCCAGUCACAAGGAAGUGUCUUUUACCAAAAGUUGCCGCUCAAAGGAAACCCUGGUCCCAGCUGUGGACAGCCUCUUUGUCAAGGUGGCAUGGCUCAAAGCAAGCGUUCCUGAAGAUCGUAUCAGAACUAUAAGACUACUAAAAAAGAAAACAAAAAAGCUGUUUAUGGAAAAUUGCAGAUUUCAAGAACAGCUUUUAUCCUUCUUCAUAGAAGAUGUCUUUGCCCAACUCCAGUUACAAACUUGCAAGGAAAUAUACUUUGUAGAAGACUUCCAUAGUCUUAGGCAGAAAUUGAUUAACUGUAUUCCCUGUUCUUCAUCUUCUAAAGAGAUGAAAUCCAUUACCAGGAUAAGAAGAACAUUUUAUAGAAUUGGAAAGAAAGGCAUAUACAAAGCCAUUGGUGAACUAGAUAUCCUUCUUUCCUGGAUUAAAAACUUUCUGGAAAGCAUUAUAUUUUGA